AUGAGUCAGCACUCCAAGUACAGUAGUCAACCCAUUGUCGGCACUUCCCCUACGACUGCUCAACCGACUGCUCACAGUCCUCAGGCUGCAAGCUUCGGCGGUCAGACCAGCAUACCAGCUCAGCAGCACAUCAUCCAUUCCCACAAUAGCCCCGCCAGCCGCCAGGGUUCAACUGCCCAGGCGUUCUGGGACCCCUACGACCCAUACGCCGGCCCCCUUCCUCCUGAGCUGGAGGGUGCCGUUCGCCACGAGGUGCGCGUCCAGCUCACGAAGCUCGAAGAGGAGUACGCACACCGCAUCGUCGAGGUCAAGAAGAAGCACUACCUCUCGCACUCCAAGAUGCGCAAGGGCGAUCCCGAGUGGGAGCGGGCGCACGAAAGUCACACCGACGAGAUGAAACAAAUCGUCGAUGAGUACAAGGAGAAGGUCAAGAUGCUCCACUCUACGGAGCAGGAUGUCUGUGGUGAGUGA